AUGUCUUUACCAAGAUUCCAAAAAGUAAACUUUGGGACAUAUGAUAAUUAUAUUCCAGUCAGUGAAUUAAGCAAAAAAUCAUGGAAUCAGCAACACUUUGCCCUGGUAUUUCCCAAACCACAGCGGCCAGGAAAAAAAUUAAGAUCAAAACCUUCCCAACUACGAGAUAAUACAGUUCUUAAAUAUGAUGAAGAGAAAUUAAAGGGAGAUUCUAAACGACCCUUAUGGAUGCACCGUUCUUUAAUGAGAAUUUCUGAAAGACCAUCUGUUUAUUUGGCUGCCAGGAGACAGCCUCCAUAUAAACCAACCCUUCUCCUCAAGAAGGAUGCUGAAGUAGGAGAUAAGGAUAAGGAGUCAACUACAGAAUCAGAAGCUGAAAAAGGAGACACAAAGAAAGAUUUAAAAAAAGAUAAGAAAGGUUCAAAGAAGGAUAAGGAGUCAACUACAGAAUCAGAAGCUGAAAAAGGAGACACAAAGAAAGAUUUAAAAAAAGAUAAGAGAGGUUCAAAGAAGGAUAAGGAGUCAACUACAGAAUCAGAAGCUGAAAAAGGAGACACAAAGAAAGAUUUAAAAAAAGAUAAGAGAGGUUCAAAGAAGGAUAAGGAGUCAACUACAGAAUCAGAAGCUGAAAAAGGAGACACAAAGAAAGAUUUAAAAAAAGGUAAGAGAGGUUCAAAGAAGGAUAAGGAGUCAACUACAGAAUCAGAAGCUGAAAAAGGAGACACAAAGAAAGAUUUAAAAAAAGAUAAGAGAGAUAAGAGAGGUUCAAAGAAGGAUAAGGAGUCAACUACAGAAUCAGAAGCUGAAAAAGGAGACACAAAGAAAGAUUUAAAAAAAGGUAAGAAAGGUUCAAAGAAGGACAAGGAGUCAACUACAGAAUUAGAAGUUGAGAAAGGAGACACAAAGAAAGAGUCAAAAAAAGACAAAGGUUCAAAGAAGAACAAGGGGUCGGCUGCAGAAUCUGAAGAUGAAAAAACAGAUGCAAAAAAGGAUAAGGAUGGGAAAAAAGACACAAAGAAAUCCAGUGAAAAAAGUGAUGAAUCAAAGGGCAAGAAAGAUGCCAAGAAAGAUGACAAGAAAAACACUGACACAGAACCUGCUGAUGCAAAGGCUGCAAAGAAGGAAUCAAAGAAAGAUGUAAAGAAGGAUGCAAAGAAGGAUGCAAAGAAAGAUGCAAAGAAGGAGUCAAAGAAGGAGGCAAAGAAGGGUGCAAAGAAAGAUGCAAAGAAGGACAAGUAG